UCACUUGCACAUUCACUCUGCAGCGACACAGCAGGCGAAUUCAGGCGAUAUUUGCAGUGGUAUUUUUUGGCAAAUUUACGUUUCCAAAAAACAUGUUUAAAAAGAAGAUAAACGUCCUUCAUCCUGCGGCCUCGGAGCAAAAAUCAGAGGGCUGUGGCCGCAGCCUGCGAGAAAAUUGCAGCGUGUCUGCAAAGAAGAGGAAGGCCAACACAACAGCAGAGUCCCCCAGAAAAAGGCAGAGGUCUGCCAGUGGACCUGCUCAGUUGGCAUUCGAGGCUGCGCCAUCAAAGGGUGUUAAAAGGAAGGCCAGCACUGAAAGAGGGACACCUGAAAAAAGGCAGAAGUCCGGACCCAGCGGCACAAAGUCCAGUGAAGCCACUGAGGGUACUAACUGGAAGGAGCAAGACACAGCUGAGAAGCUGCCGGCAUCACAGACUCCUGGGACAACAAACAGGGAGUGCGCCCGUGAUCCCUCCCCAGGUCCAACAGCCUCCACACCAAGCAGUGGGACAGCAUUCCUCCAAUUCUCAAGCGAUAGAGCUCUCUUCGAGGAGAAGUACACGGUGCUUGACAUGCUGGGACGAGGAGGCUUUGGUUCAGUUUUUGCCGGGAGAAGAAAGUCAGACAACUUACCAGUGGCGAUCAAACAGAUCCGUAAGGAAUAUGUGGAACGUCAAAGAAUGGACAUAAAUGGGGAGCCAAUCAUGUUCCCAGUGGAAGCUCUCUCCAUCUUGAAGGUGGGCGGUAUACCAUCAGCAGUAGGCACUUCUGCAGUUGUCUCAAUUCUAGAAUGGUAUGACCUAGAGAAGGAGGUUUUUCUGGUCAUGGAAAGACCAGACCCAUGUGUGACCCUGUUCGACUAUAUGCAGGACAAUGGUGGCUGUCUGGAGGAGGAAGUUGCUAAGAACAUCAUGAAGCAGCUGGUGGAUGCAGCCUUAAUGAUGCACAGAGAAGGCGUCUUCCACCGUGAUAUCAAGCCCAAAAAUCUGCUCAUUGAAACGGGCUCCAAUGACCCUCGAGUGCGAGUCAUAGACUUUGGGUGCAGCUGCUUGGUACAGGAAGAACCGUACUUUAACUUAUUUGGAACCAAACGGUACUCUCCUCCGGAGUUUUUCGUGUGUGGGAGGUAUGAGGCUUCCCCCACCACAGUCUGGCAGCUGGGCGCGCUGCUUUAUGAAAUGCUGUAUGCAGAGCGACAUUUUGACAGACAGAAGUUCCUCAAUGGGAGACUUUAUUUUAACACGCACCAAUCCCGAGACUGCCAUAAUUUUAUGAGGAAGUGUUUAACUCUAGACCCCGAACAGCGGGCCACCUUGGAGCAGCUUCAGCAGCACCCCUGGCUGCACAAUUAAGCUCCAGUCACACUUGAAGCACCUGCCAAGAUGACUGGGCUUUUCUUUCUCUCUUUCUUUC